AUGUAUGUCGUCAACGAGAACAACGUGCCGGUUUCAACUCUUGUAGUCCGCGGAGAGGGAUGGAACAAGUGGGUAAGAGAGCUCGAUUCGUCCGACAAACCAGUCGACGCCGUUUGCUCGACCCAGACUACAAUAGCAGCAGGUUCAGCGGCAGGACCUUCCAGAACCGUCGAUCUCACCAAACACUGCAAGUAUCACGAUGUCAAAGGGCACGAUACGACAGAGUGCAAGUCACUCUAUGCGCACUACCUCUCCUCCUUAGCAAGUGGUGACUUCAAGUUCGAACCACUAAAGGCUAAGCUAAAGAACGGCAAGAGCUGGAGCAAGAAUAAAGAAAGGAGAGCCCAGCGCAAAGCUACAGGCAAAAGUCGACAUAGCGAAACUCAACAACGCGAUGACGAGGAGGACGCCCCGAAGAGUACUGGCGAGGCAGACUCCUCGGCUGACGAAGAGCAACCAGCUAACCGCAGACGCAUUGAGGUCAUACUUUCCCAGCAAAACUUGUCGUCAGACGAUGAGAACGAUGACACACCUGUACUCUAAGAUUUGAGAGAUGUUCUGAAACGGAAGUUUGAAUCCGAAAACAGCAACAGCUCCACGCGCAAUGACCUCCGAACAACGUUGAAUGCACGAAAGUCGCGGCGUAUCUCGGCAGUUGACCCUGAUCCCAAAGAACGCCCGAACGGCGACCUUGGGGAUAAACUCAACGCAGGAGCAUGCGAUCUCCGAA